AUGUUAAUGAAAAUAUUUUAGAGAUAAUCUACUUUGAUCAACCAAUAUUAAAAGAGGAAUUUUAGAGCAGCGGUUUUACUUGCAGGAUGUGGUAAUAAAGAUGGUACUGAUCCUACUGAGGCAGCAUCACUUAUGAUUAGCUUGUCUAAAUUUGCGAUAAAAUAUGAUACAUUUUCUGUCAAGAAAAAUCAAUAAUCAAUUGAAAGUCAUCUUCCAAAUAAUAAUCAAGCCUCUCUUGAUAAACUUGAAAAGAAUAAAGAAGAUUAAUUAAAGGAAGAGAAAUAAAAGAUAAAGAAAAGAAGUAUUUUAGAUGAGUCUAAUAAACUGGCAAGAGGGCAAUUGAAGCUAAUACAAGAUAUUUAAUUGUAAGAUUACGAAGUACUAUUGAUCCCUGGAGGAGCAGGAGUUUUGAAAAAUUUUUCGGAUUAUAAAUUUGAUGGAAAAAGUUUUAAAGUAGAACCCUCAGUUUCAGCUCUAAUUAAAAACUUUAAUCAGUAAAACAAGUAUAUAGGAGUUAUAGGUCAUUCUGCUUUACUAGUAUCAUAGGUAUUUGCUAAAUAAAUCAAUGUAAAAUUAGUAAUGAAUUAUGAAGGAGAUAAGCAAUAAUACAAUUAAGAGCUCGAACUAAUUUCUACUAAUGGGCAUUCAGCAGAAAGUCCAAAUUUUAAUUAGAUAGUGUAUGAUGAAUAAAAUAGAAUCAUCAGUACUCCUGGUUACUCAAAUGACAAUCUCUACCCCAGCGAUGUUUAUGAAAGGAUCCACAAUCUUGUAAAUGAAUUAUCUAAAUUACAAAAUCCGACAUAUUAGCCAAAAGAGCAUACAGGAUAUAGGCCACCCCAUCUCAGGAAAAACAAUGCAGAGCCAUCAAAAGAAGAUAAAUCAGAGAAUUAAGUAAAAGUAAAAUUAUAGUCAGAAGAUAAAACUAACGUGAAUUAAGAACAUAAGCAAUAGAAUCAAGAAACUAAAAUAUAAUAAGAAUAUGGAUCAACUCUUCGACUAUACAAGCCUCAUUAAUAAAAUAAAUUAUCAUAGAAGGGGAGCAAAGGUGUUAAAAAAGGGAGUGAAUGA